GCGGGCACCCGGCGGCGCGCAACAUGCUCGGCGUGCUGGCCUGGGUGUUCCUCUGGUGGAUCACGGACGCCGUGCCGCUCGCCGUCGCCUCCAUGGCGCCGCUGUUCCUGUUCCCGGCGUUCGGCAUCUCGUCCGCCGACGACAUCGCCAAGGCAUACAUGGACGACGUCAUCGCCCUCGUCCUCGGCAGCUUCAUCCUCGCGCUCGCCGUCGAGCACUACAGCAUCCACCGACGCCCCGCCCUCAACAUCACGUCCCUUCACCGGGUCGCCGCACCUGCUGCUGCUGGGCAUCUGCGGCACGACCGUGUUCAUCAGCAUGUGGAUCCACAACACGGUGUGCACCAUCAUGAUGGUGCAGGUGGCGACGGGGAUCCUGCAGCGGCUCCCGCGCGACCAGGGCAGAGACAAGCAGGGGGAGGGUCCGGAUCGCCUAGUUGACGAUGAUCCAAGGAAGCCGAAGCGGAGGCAUUCCGGCGAGGGUACGUGACGUUGUUGAGGUGGACCAUCUGCACUUCCACCGUCCGUCCGGCUAGUAGACUCCAAACAAUGAGGAGCAACUUGCCGGACAGUACAAACAAUACCUUUUUGAAUUGGAACUUUUCCGUCACUCCGUGUCAGCUUGCCUAUUCCAGAAAUGGCAUGAAGCUUUAUCCUGAAUAAUAGUCAGCAGCAGAGCAAUCUUAUCCA